GUGGGCACCGAGUCACCAGGCACGACAGCGGGCUCUGAGUCAACUGGCAUGACAGCGGGCACCGGGUCAUCAGGUACCGGAUUGUCUGGCUCGACAGCGGGCAUCGGGUCACCAGGUAUGACAGCAGGCACUGGGUCACCAGGCAUCAGGUCAUUUGGCUCGCCAGCGGGCACCGCGUCAUCUGGCAAGGCAGUGGGCACCGAGUCACCAGGCACGACAGCGGGCUCUGAGUCAAUUGGCACGACAGCGGGCACCGGGUCAUCAGGUACCGGAUUGUGGAUCAACAGCGGGCAUCGGGUCACCAGGCUGGAUCAGUUCAUCAUGCUGGGUAGGACGGCGUCAUCUGGCAAGGCAGUGGGCACCAGGCAUCCAGGGGAGUAAUUGGCACGACAGCGGUGAGGAUCAUCUGAUCAACAGCUGGGCAUCGAGUCAACUGGCCUAAGUAGGAUCGUCAGGCUGAAGAUCAGGCAUCAUGCUGGGUAGCGGCAUCAGAAU